ACGCAAAACGCAGAGUUGACAAAAUAAGUGAUAAUAAUACUACCGCUACUAUGGAAAUAGAUUUAGAAAAAGAAUUUUCCGACCUAAAAAUUAGUCGUUAUGAUUAUGAUGAAUUUUAUGACUUUAGGAAAAUCGGAGAAAGUAGAUUUGGGAUGACAGUGUAUAAAUCAAAAUGGAGGAAAAGAAAUAUUGCAGUUACUCAUAAAAGCGUAAAAAUUGACAUCAUCCAGAAUGAUAGCACCAAAAUUGAUACCAUCCAGGAUAAUAAAACCAAAAUUACUAUCCAGAAGUAUAAGGCUUUUCAAGAGUUUAUUACUGAAGUUUGCCAAAAUUUGUUUAACUGGUAUCGUAUUUUCGAUUUCGACCCUGAAUGCUUAAACGAAGAGGAACUUAAAAUUAAGAAAGCAUUUUUGAAUAAGAAUAAGACAGAGAUAUUAGAUCCAAUAAAACGUGAACAUCAUUAUACGUCUAAAGUCAUUAAUACUCGGAUGAUUUCAGAAGCUUUAAAGAAACAGUCAG